CUACCACUUGGCCGUAUUGCGCUCAGUCUCCAGCGAUGUCGAACAAAAUACCAUCGAUCCCUACCGUCCCAUAUGUUCGCGAACGAGCUGGUGGGCUGCUGUCUCAGACGAAAUACGACUCCAUCCUCUGGGCUGGAGUCUUUGGCUCUGUCUCCAGAGAGAAAUCACGCCCCGACUCUGACAUCGAUAUAAUUCUCGUCUUCAAAGACGUCCCACCUUCAAAGAAUGAUCUUUAUGUAGCGUAUCUUGAUGAAGACCUCCGAGACGUCUUGGGAAGAAAGGUCGACCUCGUCUGGCUCGAAAAGCGACAGAUAUGGGGUUAUAUCACCCUUGAAGCUCUCCUUUCCGCUCGAACAAUCCACGGUUCUCUCUCAGAUAUCCAAGACCUCGUAGCGGAAGCCGAACGCAUCUUAUAUGAUGGAAUCGAGACUGCGCAGACGGUCCCGAAGCUCUGCUCUCAAGUGCGCGAGAGGCUGGUUCCCGCUAGAUCUGAUGUAGAGGUUUUCCUCCAAAAUCCUGUCAUGAAGCGAGACUGUCUGCGACUACUGCGCGCGAUAGCCUCGCUACUCGACUUCGAACCACGUGGCCACCCUCUUGAGACUGCAUUUGCAGUCUUCGGUGGCGAUGUUGCGCGCAAAUCGCUCAUUCCCCAUGUCCUCGGCGCUGACUUGACCGAUGAUAAGUAUUGGAGAAAUCUAUGGCAUAUCGUUCAUGAGGUCAUUCCCCAGAUACAGCGGGGAAUAGGAAAGUGGGGUUUGAUCAAGGUCCGGGCGACAGAGGCACUGAUGCGGGUGGUGCGCGCGUUGGAUGCUGGAGAGCUACCUGAUCCUGCCUUAGUAGAGUUUCUCGAGACUUGAGAAAUUGAGUAACGACUGCUCAAUUUGACUUGCUGUAUCGAGUUUACAUGGUUCGCUACAACGGAUGGUGAUGAACUCGCUAUAUUUUCUCUGCAGAACUGCGGCUGCAUCCAAUAUUCCAAAAUGGACAGUUGAAUCAGGA